AUGCCUGGUGUCCGUUGGAAACGCUUCAAAGUGGUAAAUCCACGUUUGCGGUGGGUCUAAAAUAGUUCAGUUGAUAAGUCACUCAUUUAGUCAGACGUUUGGGCUUUUGGAGUAGUCCUUCAAGAGAUUUUCACUCUUGGAGUCGAUCCUCAUCAAGGCAAAAGUUGGGAAGAAUAUGAAGCUUUUCUAAAGUCUGGAGACCUGGUAUCUUGUCCACCUUUGUGUCCAGAAAUUGUGUCAGUACAUUAUCUCAUCAAAAAUUGGAGAAGAAAUCAUUUUUUUCAGGUACGAAAUAAUGAAAGAUUGCUGGCAUAGUGAGCCAACGAUUCGGGUCAGUAUCGACUUUUGCGUCAAUAAUUUGAGAAAUCUACUACUGGAUGUGGAUACUAAAGUAAGAAAAGUUCGCAAAAAAAUAAUCGAGAUUGAUUCAGAAAGCGGUCGUACUUUUUCAAUAA